UAGGCAUGAGCCACUGAUACCCAGCUAGGAUUUAUAUUUUAAUAAUAUAAGAGAAAUUGUCCCCUUAUCCCACUCUGGUUUUUCUGAAGAGUACAAUCUGGGAAAAGUAACUGUAUAGAGGAUAUAUUUUUAUAAAGAUUUUUAUUUUGGAAAUUAAGGAAUGGUAUUUUUAAAGCACCUUAAAUCAAAUUUAAGACGAAAACUAUUAAAUUUACAGUUGACUUUUAACAGAUUUAAGUAUUUUUUGUUGUGAAUUUCAGAUUUCUUUUUAUAAAUGUUAACACUUAGGAAAGAUAAAGUCGAGCCUAACAGGUGUCAGCCUAAUUAUCAAUUAUUACUAUCAUGGAAAGGAAUAAGCAUCUGACAACCUGUAGAUAUGUUCUUAAGGUAGAAGUGAGAUUUCAUAGUAUAAUCAACUUUUUGCCCCUGUUGAGUAUCCUUUUUUGUUUGUGAAGUCUCUACACUCUUUAUAUGUAAUUUGGCAUAUUAAUUGGCAAGCUGCUUUAAAUUUGUCACAUUAUUAGAUUGGAAUGUUUGGGAUUUUUAGUGUACAAAAGUUAGGAUAGUGGAAGACAGUUUGCACCUCAGGACCCAAAUUGAUUUAUCAAAGGUACUUAGGUUUUACAACAAUUUUUAAAAUAACUAUUUACAAAAGAUAAAAUGAAUGUAAUAUCAAUAUAAAUAGUAUAAUAUAUAUGGUUACAUAGAUACAUGUGUUAAUAUAAGUAACUAAUACAUAUAAAAUAAGUUAGGAUUUCACAUCUUCAGUAAGGCCUUUUUGUUUCUAUGCAUGUUAAGUCUAUUCAAAAUUUAUGUAGAAGUACUGUCUUUUGAAGUUAAAGUAACAUAAACUUAGUACUGUAAUGUUAGAAAAUAGGCAAUUGCUAAAGCUACUAAAAUAAUUUUAUUCUGCUCACUAGAUGAGAUGACUAUUACUUAAAGCAAGUUUGUAAUUCCAUCUUGAAUUCUAUAAUGUUGUUUAGAUAUUUACUUCUGUUCCACUGGUUGUUUUAGGCAGGAUUUUGCCACUGAAACCAGCAUGGUGCUUUUUGAUAAUUUAUUACAUAUAUUUAUUUCAGCUUAGUGUAAUUUUUGUACACUUUUAAAAUACUUUUAAUGAUUUCAUAAUGGGAAUACAUAGCCAACUGCCACAUAUGAGUAGUUCUAAACAUAUCAACAUGUAGUCAACUUUUAAAAAAUAUUUUCUUUGCUAAGAAGAUGAGGAGAAUGUGAAAGUUUCAGUACUAGAUUUAAUUUAUUACAAUUGAGCAGUUGAAUAUGGCUAAUCAUGAAUUUACUUUGGAGUAAAUUUGAUUUUUAGAGUGUAGACUUUUUUCCCUUAGUUUCUAAGAUUAGUAUUAAUUUCUUGUUAUUAAUUAAAAGAUUUUAUUAAUUAUAAGUAUCCAUAAGUUGGUUCUAAAAGUUAAUAUUUUAAGAAGUUUCCAAAGACAAGGAAUUUUUUUUAAUUCUCAUAUAAUUUUUUAACAAUUUCCCAAGCCUGUUCUAUAGAACUAGAUUCUUUUAAGUAUCAGAUAUGUAUUCUUGGAGAGAGGCCUUAUUAACUGAAUGGGUGUAGACUUCCUUCUAAAUUGAAGCCGAUUACAUGAAGUAGUUUUUUAUUUUCUUCUGUUAAUUUGAUGUUGAAUCUUUUGGAGGGUAAUCCUAAUUAUUUGCAUCACAAGUAGGUUCAGUAACAGGGUAGAGGCACUCAUUAAGGAACAAAUUCAAUUCGCACAUAUUUGUUUUUUCUUUUUCUUUUUUUUUGACUAAUUUGGUUAUUUGCCAUUUCUGGGGAUUAAACUUUAAAAAAUGUUCUUCUUUUCUGUAUCUGAUGUUCUGUGUGCUAUUAGUGAUGCAGCCAACACGAACGGUUGUCAUGUGUAACACAACUUUCGAUCACCGCGAAAACACCGUCCUGGGAAAGCGUCCAUGCUUGAUAUCGUUUGGUUCAUGAACAUUAAGUUUCCAGUACAGGUAAAAUCCCAGAGGAAUCCAAAGCCCUGUCUUUAUUGGCUCCUGCUCCAACUAUGACAAGUCUGAUGCCUGGGGCAGGAUUGCUUCCCAUACCAACCCCAAAUCCCUUGACUACACUUGGUGUUUCACUUAGCAGUUUGGGAGCUAUACCAGCAGCAGCACUAGAUCCCAACAUCGCCACACUUGGAGAGAUCCCACAGCCACCGCUUAUGGGGAAUGUAGACCCUUCCAAAAUUGAUGAAAUUAGGAGAACAGUCUAUGUUGGAAAUUUGAAUUCCCAGACAACAACAGCUGAUCAACUACUUGAAUUUUUUAAACAAGUUGGAGAAGUGAAGUUUGUACGGAUGGCAGGUGAUGAGACUCAGCCAACUCGGUUUGCUUUUGUGGAAUUUGCAGACCAAAAUUCUGUACCAAGGGCCCUUGCUUUUAAUGGAGUUAUGUUUGGAGACAGGCCACUGAAAAUAAAUCACUCCAACAAUGCAAUAGUAAAACCCCCUGAGAUGACGCCUCAGGCUGCAGCUAAGGAAUUAGAAGAAGUAAUGAAGCGAGUACGAGAGGCACAGUCAUUUAUCUCAGCAGCUAUUGAACCAGAGUCUGGAAAGAGCAAUGAAAGAAAAGGCGGUCGAUCUCGUUCCCACAGUCGCUCAAAGUCCAGGUCUAGCUCAAAAUCCCAUUCUAGAAGGAAAAGAUCACAAUCAAAACACAGAAGUAGAUCCCACAACAGAUCGCAUUCAAGACAGAAAGAUAGACGGAGAUCUAAGAGCCCACAUAAAAAACGCUCCAAGUCAAGAGAGAGGAGGAAGUCAAGGAGUCGUUCACGUUCACGGGACAAGAGAAAAGAUACACGAGAAAAGCUGAAGGAAAAGGAAAGAGUUAAAGAUAGAGACAAAGAAAGAGAAAAAGAGAGAGAAAGGGAAAAGGAGCGUGAAAAAGAGAAGGAACGGGGCAGGAACAAAGAUAAAGACCGAGACAAAGAACGGGAAAAAGACAAGGAAAAGGAUAGAGAGAAAGAGCGGGAAAAAGAACAUGAAAAGGAACGAGACAAAGAAAAAGAAAAGGAGCAGGACAAAGAAAAGGAGCGUGAAAAGGACAAAGCCAAAGAGGUAGAUGAAAAAAGGAAGAAGGAUAAGAAGUCCAGAACACCACCCAGAAGUUACAAUGCCUCCAGACGAUCUCGUAGUACCAGCAGGGAAAGGCGGAGGAGGAGAAGCAGGAGUUCUUCCAGAUCACCAAGAACAUCAAAAACCUUAAAAAGAAAAUCUUCUAGGUCUCCAUCCCCUAGGAGUCGAAAUAAGAAAGACAAAAAGAGAGAAAAAGAAAGGGACCAUAUCAGUGAAAGAAGAGAAAGAGAACGUUCAACGUCCACUAGGAAAAGUUCUAAUGACAGAGAUGGGAAGGAGAAGCUGGAGAAGAACAGCACCUCAGUUAAAGAGAAAGAGCACAAUAAAGAACCAGAUUCAAGUGUGAGCAAAGAAGUAGAUGACAAAGAUGCACCAAGGACUGAGGAAAGCAAAGUACAACAGAAUGGGAAUUGUCAGCCAAAUGAAGAGAGCCUCACUACCAAAACAGAAGUGGUAUAGGACUAAUGUACCUUUACAGUCAACGCUGGAAUAAAAUCCAAAGCUUUCCAUUCUCUCAGCAAGACGUAAACAGCAAGGAAACCUAAUGGAGUAUAAAGAUAGGCUCUAAAGCUUCUCCACCUCUUAGUUGAUGUUGUGAACAUCUUGUUACUGAGUAAGAAAAUAAAGCAUGGACAACAUGAAAAUACCAGAUGUUACCCAAACUCAUCAUCUAAAAUCUGUACAUUUCCAUGAUGGCUGACACACUUGUGUGGUUUGUUAGUGUUUGCCAAGAACCAUUGCAAACAAAUUAAACAUCAAAGAUCCACCUUUCUAUUUUCCCUAAAGACUUGAGAUAAGCAUUGGAGACUCUUUAAAAAAUGCUAGUUACUGAAUUUUGUAUUGUUUUACUUUUUUUAAAAAAAGUUCAAUAUAUAUAGGUUGAUGUGCUUGAAAUCGGUGCAGAUAUAUAUACACACACUUGUAAGUGCAAAGUAUGUAAGAUGUUUUAACAAUUACUUCACAGGAUUUACAGUGAUUGUGGUAAAUUCUCACUAUUGUGUUUUCUUUUGCUCACUGCUUAGGACAGCAGUUUUUCUUUAAAUAGUUUUACAGAUUAAAGUUACUUAAAUAAGUGGAUUAUAAAACAACUGACAAUGCAUGCUACUGUUCUCUUUCAAAAAGGAAGAGCAACUGUGCUGAAUACUAAAAAAAUAUAUUAGUAUUCAGUGUUUAGAGUCAACGGGUCUACCCACACAGUAACAGUUUCUUUUAGAAGUUUCUUGAUAUUUCCAAGUUUAUUAUGAGUACUAUUGCAGUGUAUUUUUUCAGCAGUAGGUGGCAAAGGAAACUGGGUUUUCAAAAUGGGCUAUGGAGCACAAGCUGAAGCUUUAGUGCCUUCUACAAUGUGGUAUACUGUUUCUAGAGUUUUAUAUGUGUUAGUCAUUCUCAAUUCAUAUGUAAUCUAAAUGGUUACUCUAUUGACACCCAUAGAGAAGCAUAUAAGUGGUAUGCAGAAGAGCUUACUUAGAGAAGUCCUGUUUUGAAGACUUUAGGGUUUAAUUAAACAAUUCAGUUUUGGGACCAUCUGUUUUAUACUGUGAUAAUUGAAAAUGAACAUGCUUUUAUUUUCCUCAAAUCAAACCAUUUAGUUGACUAUUUUGGAUGGCCUUAAUUAUUACCUCUCAAUCAUAUUCUCAUAAGUGAUAUGUAGAAAUUAUAUUUAAAGGGAGGACUAGGAAUAUACAGGAUCUUGUUUUAUGUUUAAAGAUGCAUUUACUUGAGUUUAAAAUAUAGGUCAUCCAUCAUUAUUAGGCUUGCUUUUCACAGAAAAGUAUUUAAACGACAACAGUGCUAAAGUUUUCUCCCCAAACUAUUACCUGUAGUCUCUGAACUCUUUGCAUUGUUACAUUUCCAAAAAAGUGAUAAAUUAGCAUGUUAAAAAAAUCAAGUAUAAUUAUUUUAAUGCAGUCUAAUACAAUCAAAUUACUCAGUUGCCUUACCUCAUGGGAUGAGUUAUAGAUUUAAAGCUAAGUAGCACAUAAGUUACUUGGUUUCAACUUGAGUUUUAAUGUUAAUACUGUUGAAACUUUUAAGCAUUUGGUGGAGAAUGGAAAGAGUUGCCCUUUUUGCAAGUAAUGAAGCCUGAUUUGAUUAUGAAGCUGCUUAAUCAUCUUCAUGUGUUCAGAAUUACUGUGUUUUUUUCACUGUGUACAUUAAAAUUUUAGAAAAUGCUUUACUAUGUAAAGUAUAAAUGGUCAUUGUAAUCAUUCAGCCACAUAUGUUGGCUGGUAAACAGCUUAUUCUGAUAUAAGAAUGCUUGGAUGCAUAUGGGAAGAUUGUGAAGGAUUGUGUGUCUUACAUCAACAGCUGUCUUAUUUAUGAUAUGUAAGUAGAAUAGAGCAUAUGUUUGAAUCUUUGUUAUUUUUCAGUACCAUUUCUCUAAUAAAGCUAAGUAUUUUAGAGGAAAGUUAUUUGUUUAUGCAUUUCAUAAACCAUCUAACUUCAUUUUGCUCUUGUUUUAGUUGUUACAGAGAUUGUUUUGGGAGGGUGCAUGUUUGUGUGGGGACUAUAAAAAAUCUUUUAAAAUUUAAGUGUAUUCUUGUACUCUGGAUCUUCAUUAAAAUAUUUUUUAUGUUGGAAGUUAAUAUUUAA